CGCGUCGACAACCCCCUACGACAAAUCCUCUCCUUGAUCAAUGCUGCCCAAAUCUAUCGCACAGUAAUACGGUGUGGAACGGCAACGCACCGGUACGACUACAGGAACGUCUUCUCCGAAUGUAUCUUCACGUUCGAGUAUCGUAGGCUCUGUGUCUACUGAACUGAGGGAAACGUCCUCAUUUAUAUUCUACUCAUGAUUCGCGAAAUAGAAAUAAACCACACGAUUCCUCUCGAGGAGCAGGUUACUCCUCUUCUUUGCCAAGGAGACAAAAUCACUAAGGACAUCGCGGUCGCGUUGUUGAAGAACAAGCCAAAAGAUAAGCAGCAAUGUGAUGGAUUAGUCUACGGGAAGGACCAAAUGCCAAGCGGAAUUGAAAACAACAAUGGAUGGAACACGGUGAUCCGAAGACCAACUCCCACGGAAGCGGAAACCGACAAAGCGGUGUGGGCGUACAAAAUCAAGACGACGAAAAAUGAAGAAGGUGACAUACUGAUUCAGUAUCUACCUGAGGCCAACAAGGAUGCCGACACGAUACGAAGUCAGGCGCUGGAAGAACUAAAAAUGGGCAAUGACGGGACACGUCCCUGGCGUGGAAUAAAGGACCAUUUGAUGACCCUCAGUACACUGAUCCGUGGCACGAUCUGCAAAGCCACCCUGGGCAAGCACAUGAAAAAGCACAAACAAAGCAAUGCCGGGUUAUGGAGCACAUCGGAUCCGGGAUCCCCACGGUUUAUGUUAAUGGCAAGACUUUCCCUUUUGGAAGACCCCACGGUUCCCAUCAGACUCGAACCCGCAACCGAAUGGGAGAAGGGCGACUACAGGGGUGCGAAGACCUUUGCAAUCUUCCUAUCAAAGGAUACAAACACGCCGGGCCUCGCCUAUCUUCUGUUCCCUUCCCAUGGUUUGGCCAUCGAGAUCUCCCAAACCGUGGUCGUCUCGUGGGACGCGAGCCUGUUGCCCCACUGUGUCACAACGGUGGAGAACGGUGUACUCUUUGAUAACCCCAAGAUUGAUAACGAUCGAUUUAGGAAAUGGUUCAUAAACAAGGUGUUCUCAAGCAAGGGUAGAUCGAAGGGCAUCCAGCCGGGCGAAGCCGUAAUGGUUCGUGAGAGGACUCAGCGGCUCAUUGAACUAGGUGCUACCGAGUCGCUGGUGGGACGUCCCACUGGAAAAAAACACAUGACCUACUGGGAAGCAGCAGUGGUGUCGCUGCGGAAAGCUUCAGUCCCAGGUCGCAACAACGAGGUUAAGAUUGCGUACCGGGGAGAAUUAGGCCAGGUGGUAGGAGCCUAUUGGGUUUCAGAUUUUGACGUUGUGAAAAUGGAGCGUAUGGAUCUGCGUGUCCUCCUUGACCGAGAGAAUGCAAGAAAGUCGAAGUCGAAGGCGUCCAUUCAACAUCGAAAGAAACGAGCAAAAAUAGAAGAAGCAGUGGGGAAGCAGCAGUACAAAAGCAACGUGUCCUGUGACUACGAAAACUACACUCUUUGAACCAAAAGCGUAAAGACUUGCACCGUCGAAUGUUCCUUUUGUGGAACUGAAUUUUUGUAAUAAACUAUACGAGGUUUGAAUUGGUCACUGUAAUUGCUUGCUUGCAGCCCAGUGAAAAUCGAAGGUAUGAUUUUGUGCUACACACCAGUUUUUUAUGCAGGAAUGGGAUUAGCAGGCAUCUCGUUCUCCCAACCUCGUUGUUGUCCAAUGUUUCCUCUCGGAAGAAAUAACUAGUCUUCGACUUUCAUGGUUGAUACUGUAGUACAAAUAUAACUACUAGCUAGUG